GGCGGGGGCGUGUAGGGCCCGCCCCGCAGGGUGCCUCCCACUUCCCGAUGGGAGGGGGCUCCGGCGGACCGCCGCGCUAGCUCUCCCCGUGGUCCCCCCUCCCCUGGACAGCUCGGCCCAUGCUCCUGGGCCCGAUGAGGCCGGGGGGCCGCCAUGGAGCCGCUGAAGUGUAUGUUCCGGAAGGCCCCUCUGGUGAGCGGCUGGGGGCCGGGCUCCCGGGCUGGGGGCCCCACGGCCUACGCCAACCCGGUCUGGACGGCGCUGUUUGACUACGAGGCGGCCAGCACAGACGAGCUGACCCUGCGCAAGGGGGACCUGGUGGAAGUGCUCUCCUGGGACUCGGCCAUCUCCGGGGACGAAGGCUGGUGGGCCGGGAAGCUGAACGACCGGGUGGGCAUCUUCCCCUCCAACUAUGUCUCACCCAAGACAGGGGCAUACUCGGGGCCUGCCGACCCCCCUGCGGCCGACUUCCGGGACCUGACGCUGGAGGAGGUGAUCGGGGUUGGGGGCUUCGGCAAGGUCUACCGGGGCACCUGGCGGGGGCAGCUGGUGGCGGUCAAGGCUGCCCGCCAGGACCCAGAUGAGGACAUCAGCACCACAGCUGAGCGGGUGCGCCAGGAGGCCCGCCUGUUUGCCAUGCUGACGCACCCCAACAUCAUCGCCCUCAAGGCCGUCUGCCUGCAGGGGCCCAACUUGUGCCUGGUGAUGGAGUACGCCGCGGGAGGACCGCUCAGCCGGAUGCUCGCUGGGCGGCGCAUCCCGCCCCACAUCCUCAUCAAUUGGGCCGUCCAGAUCGCCCACGGCAUGAAGUACCUUCACUGUGGCGCCAUCGUGCCCGUCAUCCACCGUGACCUGAAGUCCAACAACAUUCUGCUGAGUGAAUGCGUGGAUGACGGCGAGGUCGGCGGGAAGACCCUAAAGAUCACCGAUUUUGGGCUGGCCCGGGAAUGGCACAAAACCACCAAGAUGAGUGCAGCCGGGACUUAUGCCUGGAUGGCGCCGGAAGUCAUCAAAAACUCCACUUUUUCCCGGGGUAGUGACAUUUGGAGUUACGGAGUGCUGCUUUGGGAACUGCUCACCGGCGAAGUUCCGUAUCGGGGAAUCGAUGGGCUGGCAGUGGCUUAUGGGGUUGCCGUGAACAAACUGACGCUUCCGAUACCAUCCACCUGCCCAGAACCCUUCGCGCGUUUGAUGACAGAGUGCUGGCAACAGGACCCCCAUGCACGCCCCAGCUUUGCCUCCAUCCUAGCCCAGCUGACAGUCCUAGAAACUCAGGUGCUGCACGAACUGCCCCAGGAAUCUUUCCACUCCAUGCAAGACGACUGGAAAGUGGAGAUCCAGGACAUGUUUGAUGAGCUGCGCGCAAAAGAGAAGGAGCUGCUGAGCCGCGAGGAAGAGCUGAAGCAGGCCGCUCUGAAGCAGAAGUCCCAGGAGGAGUUCCUGCGCCAGCGGGAACACGAGCUGGCCCAGUGGGAGCUGGAGGUCUUUGAGCGCGAGCUGAGCCUCCUGAUCCAGCAGAUGAACCGGGACCGGCCCCACGUGAAGAAGCGGAAGGGCACGUUCAAGCGGAACAAGCUCAAGGGCCGGGACGGCGAGCGCAUCAGCAUGCCGCUGGAUUUUAAGCAUCGUAUCACGGUUCAAGCGUCCCCCGGGCUGGACAAAAGGAAGGAUAUCUUUGAUGUGGGAGCUGGUGGCUCCCCGACGUUCCCACGAUUUCGAGCUAUCCAACUGGAGCCGAGUGAGAAUGAUCAGAACUGGAACCGUCAGCCGCCCCGUCGGGGAGAUGAGACCUGGAACGGCCAUACCAAGAGCCCUGGCUCCCCUAAAAUGUGGGAGAGCAGUACACAGAAUGGCAGGAGAAGAUCGCGCCAGGAAGAGACGACGUGGUACAUAGAACCGGGCGGGUCCCCUGUUCUCUCGCAGCCCCAUUCCCAGUCCAGCCAGAACGGCAAUGUUCCCGUCGACUCUGCAGAAACCGAGGAUCCAACGCCAGAAAGGCUGAGUGGCCCCCGACUCAUCCAGCGGGCCCUGCUCCGGGGCUCUGCAUUGCUUGCGCUGCUCGGCCUGGGCCGAGAGUUGCCGACCCCCUCUCUGGAGGGGGUGGUGGAGGGGCCAGCCUAUAGGAAGCUGUCUCCCCGAAGAGAUCCCACCCCUGCCCUGCAAGUGGAGCCCUGCAAGGAGGACCCUGCCACGGAUCUCCUGAUUGAUCUGGCCUCAGGAGGCAACAGGACCGCCUUGCCACCCCUCUGGACACAGGAGUCGCCCAGAGUCCCAUGCCUCGGGGAAGGCCGGGGCGCGAAAACCCAAAAAUGGGAUGGUGCCUUCCCGUCUCCCUCCUCCCCCCGCAGCCCCCGAUCCCCUCACCCCACCCUCAUUUCCCGCCCCCGACCCUCCCCCAUCCGCAGCCGGAUCGACCCCUGGAGCUUCGUGUCGUCCGGACCCCGGGCCUCGCCAGGGGUCACCCCAGUCCAGUCCCCCCGGCUGGGGCCACGUCAGCUCAGACCCCCCGGUCCCGAAAGCACCAAUCCCUUCGGGGCACCCGGUCUGGAUCCGUUCGCCUGGGGGGACUUUUCGGCACCCACCACUGACCCUUUUCUCGAGGCGUCCACGCCAGCGGCCCCAGAGACUUGCUGGACCGCCAGACCCCUCCCAGCUCCGCAAGAGGAUUUGCCAGCCCCGUUGUGGUGGGCGGGGGCCUCCUGCCCCCCGGGAAGCGCAGCCCCAAAAUGACCAGGGUUGCGCUUUCCGAGCACGGCCUGCCACGCUGCACGGUGAUGGGACCGACAGCCCUUUGCGUGGCCAGAGACCGGGGGACCACAGACUGCUGUAAAACAGGGGAAGGAGAUAAGAACUUGGAUCCUCAGCUGUGAAAGUGGACACAAAGUGGGGUUCCCCUCCUCCCCGCCUCCGUCCCCACUGUCCAAUGGACACUAAGCGGUCAGAGCCUGCGGUGGCUCGCCUUGUUCCCUGUUAAUGUCGCCAUCCUGGUCACUCCUUAGCAGGCAGCUAUCUUGGUUCCCCCCUCUGCUCCCAGUGGUUCCUCCCCAUUUCACGGGGGGGGAGGGGGAGACACCAGGAUCACGUCCACCCCACGUUCCUGGUGAGCUUUCUGUUCCCCCCAAAUUCCAGCUGAUCGAGGCCUUCCCUGUCUGCCCAGAAGGGCAGCUGAUCUUUUUGCACACAAGUCAAGCCAAGGACAGAAGGGGAUGGGGAAGAAAUUAGGGUGGGGUCCUUUGCGCCCCCCCAGCCCUCGUCUUUGGAGGCCACGUGAAAAGCAGAGGAAAUUCUCGCGGGACCGAGGCAGCCCCAAGCACUUUGUGCAAUUCUACUGUGUCUUCUUUCCCCUACUUGAAGUUCACACGUGCACCAGGCUCCCUCGUGCUGUUACCUCCUUCCCCACACGUGCGCACACUCCCACAAGCAGGGGGGAGCCGCCUGUGUUAGGCCCAUCCCAGCACCGGAGGGGCCGAGCCUGUGAAACGAGACCAAAUAAACCUUUGGAUAUUGCC